CACAAGAGGGCCAACAACAGAUCGACGGCGACCUGGCCUCGAGUAAGCGACGACCUGCUGUGGGCAUCAGACAUUUGGGGCGAGAGGUGCUGUCGGGGUAUUUGGCACUCUUAUUCGUCACGGCGUUCGUGUGUAUAUAAAUUCGUCAUAUCGGUUCUCGCUCGGCCCUGAAUCAUUCGAAGAAUAUUUUAUGGUUCUGAUGACGCAUUAAGAAAAAAAAACCAUGUUAGUGAUUAUUUGAUAAUUACGAAAUACACAAAUUUCUUGUCGUGCGUUAUAUAUAUAUUAUGUGAGGUGAAAGACUGCCAUUUUAUUUUGAAUAUAAAAGGAAUUUGUUAUUUCUGUUGUUUUGGAAAGAACGUCGUUGCUGCAAAAAGAUGAAUGUCGAGAAGACCUUAUUAGGGAGGAAUCUCUCUCUUCCCUGUUUCCUCCUCUGGAUUUUGGCCAUUUCCCCACUGAAAGGUGAUUUGGAACCGACGUUCGGAAGAUGCUGUGGAUAUGGAGUCAACUGGGCGAGAGAAAAGAAGCAAUGCUCGACAUUCCCGGCUCCUGUCGCCGGAGUCACCUCAGAGCAUCAGUCGAUUUGCAUAACGUCUGCCUCCAUUUGCUGUCUGAGGAUGUACAGGGAUGAACAGUGUCAGAAAGGAAAGCAGUUCGCCCAGAGUGGCCAGGAAUGCCUCGAUAAUGAUGAUGAAGGUGGGGAGUUCUUCAAGGACUGUUGUGACGCCUGCAAGCUAGGUCUUGUGAGUGGGAGCAUGGGAAUGGGAUGCAACAUGAGAUUCAAGUUCGGCUUCCCUUGGGACAACUCGUACCUUCAGUGCUGCUCCCAGGCAUCCCCAACGAAUGCUCUCACACCUGACUUGUCUGAGCCAGUUCAAGGAGGGCCAGGUGGUCAAGGGUUUGGAUUUGGCACUCUGUACCCAGGAGUUUCUCUACCUGGAAUAAGUGUUCCUGAAUCAGAAGAUCUUUGUGCUAGAUUUCCUGGCAAACUGUGUGCGCACGUAUGUGUCCCAACACCUGGCUCUUACCGCUGCCAGUGUCGCGCGGGUUUCACUCUGUCUACUGAUGGCAAGACCUGUUUACAGGAUGCAUUAACUGACAGAUGCCAGCUAAACAACCCAUGUGCGCACAUCUGCAGAGACACCGGUAUAUCCAUUGAAUGCUCGUGCAAUCCUGGGUAUAAGUUGGCACUUGAUCAGAGAUCUUGUGAGGAUAUUAACGAGUGCCUCACGGGUCAACAAGGAUGUGUACCAGGAGAACAAGUUUGUUACAAUCAAGUUGGAUCGUAUGCUUGCAUCAAUGCUGAUGGUUCCUUGUCUUCUCCCGGCCAAGCUCAGCAUCAGUCUUUUGGGGGAAGCAUUCCAUUAGGUCACUCCGGAGAGUCUAGAGAUCUUAAUCUUUUAGGAUCAACUGUGUAUGGCAUAGGGGAUGGUGCACUUGGAGUGCAGGGAUUUCCUGGAGCACGGGCUGAGCAGGGAUUCCUGGAUACAACACAGUCUCAGGGUCGAUGUCCACCCGGGUAUAAAUUUAAUUUGGAGAUCAGAGCUUGUGAUGAUGUGGAUGAAUGUGAAGUUGUGAGCGAACUAUGUGGCAGAGGAGCUAUCUGCCAAAACACAAUAGGUUCUUACUCCUGUACUCAGAUUCCUGUUUCGGAUUGUCCACCUGGAUUUGCCUUUGACCUUAAUCUUCAGUCCUGUCUGGGUGUAUAAUGAUGUGCGGAUGGUCUGGACAACUGUGACAGAACUACUCACUUCUGCCUCAAUACCCAAGGAAGUUUUAUGUGUCAGGAGAAAGGGGGCCCUAAUGACUGCAUUGCUGGAUAUAAGUAUAGUGCUCAGCAACAGACUUGCGUAGAUGUUGAUGAAUGUGCUGAGGAACUACAUGGUUGUGAUCCUGAGGAAGAAGUUUGUAGAAAUAUAGCUGGUGCUUACGAGUGUGACAUGAAGUGUGAUGAAGGUUUUCAGUUCAGCUUGGCUCUCAGAACUUGUGUAGACCGGGACGAAUGUGUUGAUGUACCUUGUGACCUUGGCUGGGAGUGUCACAACACAGCAGGAUCCUAUACAUGCCAUGAACUUCCUCGCGCCCUCUGUCCCGCUGGGUAUAAACCAUCCAACAGCUCAACCACAGGCUGUGAAGAUGUUGAUGAAUGCGUAGAAGGGCUUCAUAUAUGUCAACUAGAAAGUGAAAUUUGUAUUAACGAAAUUGGCAAAUACCGAUGUGAAUCGAUCAGCCUAAAUGAAGUGGAUUUAGGAAGAAAUGCAUAUGAAAUUUUACCACAGGCUACUUUCCAAACCCCCGUGCAAGAAUGCCCUGAAGGUUUUGGAUUUGAUUUGAAUACAAAACGAUGCCUUGAUAUUGAUGAGUGUGGAACAAAUCUUCACAACUGUUCAACCACAGAGAAAUGCAUUAACACACUGGGUGGAUUUGCAUGUCGGACCCGGCGACGUUGUUCUGCUGGUUAUGCUCCAGAUCCUGCUUCUGGUGAAUGCAAAGAUGUUGAUGAAUGUUUAGCUGGUGUUGCUAACUGUAUGCCUGGUCAGAUAUGUGUCAACACAGAAGGAGCAUUUGAAUGUCGUGUUGAAUGUCAAGAUGGCUUUAGAUAUGAUCCAACACAUUCAGCUGUUUGCGUUGACAUUGAUGAAUGUCUUGAGUCUCCAUGUAGUGAAGGAGAGCUGUGCACCAACACUGAAGGAUCAUACCUGUGUUCGUCAUCCCCAAAGAGACCUAUCACUACUUCUACCGUAUCUGAAACCACUACAAUUUUGCCAGUCAGUUGUCCAGUAGGCUUUGGAAGAAAUCCAAACAGUUUCAUUUGUGAAGAUAUUGAUGAAUGUAUAGAAUCUGUGUGUGAAAAGGAACAACGAUGCCAAAAUACAUUUGGUUCCUUUUUAUGCGUAUGGCUCCCUUGUGAAACUGGAUACCGCAGAGAUCCUGCAACAAGAGUCUGUGAAGAUAUCAAUGAAUGUGAGGAGGGUUUAGAUAACUGUCAUUUUGGCAUUGAGGAGUGCAUAAAUACCCUUGGGAGUCAUCGCUGUCAUUCCAAGGCUUGUUCCCCAGGUUAUCACAAGGUCGAUGAUUCAGAUCACUGUAUUGAUAUAGAUGAAUGCGAGUCAUCCCCAUGUAGUACUGAAGAACAAUGCAUGAACACUCAAGGUUCAUACAGGUGCCGUACAUUGAUAGCAUGCCGUACAGGUUUCAAGAGAGAUCCUAAUACUAAGCAGUGUGAAGAUAUUGAUGAAUGUGAAGAGAAUCCAUGCACUGCAGAAGAACGCUGUGUUAAUAUUAGAGGAAGCUAUCGAUGCCGUAAAGUUGACUGUUCAGAUGGGUAUCAGAAAGACAUAGUGGGACGAUGCAGAGAUAUAAAUGAAUGUGAAACUGGAGAGCACAACUGCAAAGUACCAAAAGAGGAGUGCAUCAAUAUUCAAGGAAGUUUUAGGUGUCGUUCUGUACCUGAUUGUCCAGAGGGAUUUACAAGAGAUCCUGAAUCUUUGAGGUGUGUUGAUGUAGAUGAAUGUGCAGAAGGAACAGAUGACUGCAAAGGUGGAGAACGUUGCAUUAAUUACUAUGGGAGAUAUUCAUGCCGGGGUUCCUCAUCCACAUGUACAAAAGGAUUUAGGUACAAUGCACCAAGCAGACGAUGUGAGGAUAUUGAUGAAUGUGCAGAAGAUAGCUUUUCUUGUGAGCAAGCAACUCAAACUUGCAUAAAUUCUGUUGGGAGCUACCGAUGCAUUGAUCGCCAGCCUGCAUGUGACUUUGGGUACAGAUUUAAUGAAGAGCAGCGUUCAUGUGUGGACAUUGAUGAAUGUCUGGAAAACCUUGAUGACUGUGAAGAAAGCCAGGAAUGCAUCAACACUUUAGGAUCGUACCAAUGCCACACUAAAGGAGUCGUCACACAAACAUGCCAUCCAGGGUUCACCUUCAAUAGGACAGCUCGUGUUUGUAUUGAUAUUGAUGAGUGUUUAGAAGGAAGUCAUGACUGCUCACUUCUGGAAGAAUGCGUUAAUCGACGUGGAGACUAUGUAUGUCAGCCACGUGAAACCAGUAACAGUGUCUUAAUUCCAUCAUCCCAGGCUACAGGAGACCAAAGCACUUCUGAUUAUGAUAUAACUGAAAGCAAGGAGCAAGGCAGGAGUAGUAGCAAACGAGGCCGAUGUGACAAUGGAUAUCGUUAUAAUAGAAGACAGCGGGCUUGUAUUGAUAUAGACGAAUGUGCAGAAGGCCGUGAUCUAUGUAACAGAAUCACAGAGAAAUGUGUUAAUUCACCUGGUGAUUACUGGUGUUCACCAAAGCCAAAACUAACAGACACAAAUGGUACAGACAGUUCUGUAUCAUCACCGCCAGCAAGAACAACUACCACUUCUACUACAACAACAACAACAACCACAACCACUACACCUGCACCUUCUACCCUUGACCGAAGUCGUAUUACUGGUCCUCAGUGUCCACCUGGGACUUCUUACAAUGCAAAAUACCGAAGCUGCCGAGAUAUUGAUGAGUGUGACAAUGACCCAUGUGAUGAAAAUGAAUUGUGUGAAAAUACACAGGGAUCUUUCAAAUGCGGUUGCAGGGAUGGUUUUCGUAAAGACGAUUCAGCUGAUGAAUGUAAAGAUAUCAAUGAGUGUCAGCUUGGCCUACAUUCGUGUGAAACGACACAGCGGUGUGAUAACACAAUAGGUUCCUAUGCUUGCAUAAGAAUUACAGGCUGUGGUACUGGCUAUACUCUGAAUCACAAUACUGGUGAAUGUGAUGAUAAUGAUGAAUGUGAACUGGGGACACAUGACUGUGAUCAACUUGGGCCAAAAUAUCAGUGUUAUAAUAUUAAAGGCUCAUUUCGAUGUGGUAAGAAAGCCUGCCCUCCAGCUCAGAUGCUCACUUCUGAUGGGACUUGUAUAGAACUAUCAUGUGAACCUGGACUCAAACCUGGAGAUAAAACGUGUAUUGAUAUUAAUGAAUGUGCUGAGGGAUCACCAUGUCGUCGUAAUGAACAAUGUCUCAAUACCUUCGGAUCAUAUCGGUGUCGUGCACUGCUCAAUUGUGGAGCUGGAUAUCAGAUGAAUGAACAAGGAACACAAUGUGUUGAUAUUGAUGAAUGCCUAGAAGGAACCCAUCAGUGUACUGGCAAUCAGGUCUGUGCUAACCGUCGAGGAGGUUAUAUUUGCCAGUGCCCAGUUGGUUAUAGGCUAAAUAAUCAAAGACAGUGUGAAGAUGUAAAUGAAUGUGAAUCUUAUUUUGGCAGUAUUUGUGCAAAUAAUGCAGUUUGUGAGAAUACAGAUGGAUCAUACCGUUGUAACUGUAUGACUGGAUUUAAGCAAUCAGCAGAUUCAAGAACUUGUGUUGACAUUGAUGAAUGUGCAGAGAUUCCUGGGAUUUGUCAUCACAACUGCAUAAAUAUUUGGGGAAGUCAUCAGUGUACUUGCCGAGCUGGUUAUAACUUAGCUGUAGAUAAUAGAACAUGUACAGACAUAGAUGAAUGCGAGGAAUUUAGAGGUCGUGGGCGCUUGUGUAUUGGUAUGUGCAUCAACACUGCUGGAUCAUUCAAAUGUUCAUGUCCAGAUGGCUACAGAUUGGCUGUUGAUGGUCGAACAUGUAAAGAUAUUGACGAAUGUGAAAGUGGUACAGUUUGUCAAGGUUCAAAUGAGCAAUGUGUCAACACACGAGGAGGAUACAAAUGCAAUGCCAUCACUUGCCCAACUAACUACAUUCGUGAUACUCAACACAAAAACCGAUGCAAAAAAGUAUCGUUGUACUGUCGCGAGGAUGAUGAGGUCUGCCGACGUAAGCCACUCAGCUACUCCUACAAUUUCUUACCAUUAGUAAGCAAUUUAACAUUGCCAGGGAUUGGACAAGUUGAUCUUUUUACUAUGCGAGGCCCACUUUGGUCAUCCACUACAGUACAGUUUGAGUUGGAAUUAGUGUCUGCUCGUGCUCCAGCAGGUGUAGAAGCAGCAACCAGAGAAUUCUUCCACCUUAAACGAACAGCAUUCAAUCAAGCUGUUAUUUCCUUGGUGAAGUCAAUUAUGGGGCCACAGGAGGUCAAAUUAUCACUCAAUAUGCAGCUUUAUCACCAAGGAGCAUAUGGUGGAUCUGCAGUAGCUGAACUCCUGUUAUAUGUAUCAGAAUAUGAUUUUUAGUUUUUAAUGCUAUACGUAUACAUAUAAGGACUUAAAAGCAAAUUAUAUAAUGUAAUUUUCAUAUUUAUUUCAAAAUAAACUAGUGUAAAAAAGUACUUAAAAUGUAUUUUAAGCCAUACUUAGUAUGAUGAACUCCUUAAAACUAGAAUGAGACUGUAAUCUGUAACCCUUAAGCAGAAUGUCCAAAGGUUAUAUAUUAAGCAUUGUAAAAUAUCGAAAUUAUCUUUGUAGUGAGUCCUUUUAUGUACACAGUAAAUAUGCUCAGGUUCCAAAUUUUCCUUUCAUUUAAGGAAGGUUCUCUAAUCAUUAUUUACAGAUACUUCUUCCUCUAGUAUGAGUUGAAAAUUGUUUUCCAUAUGGAGCUUAAAAUGCAGUUGACUACUUCAGUUCUAUUGAAUUAGUUAAAAGUGCACAGUAUUAAAGUUACACUUAAUAUAACAAUGCUCAAGUACAAAAGCUUGGUUUAACUUACAAACUGCAAAGUUAUGGUAUGGUGAAAAACAAGUGCAGUUUGGUAGUUUACUAAUUAUCAUCAGUUCGUUCUAAGGAAACACAUGUACAAGUUUUAUACAAUGCUGCCUUAGGUAACAAAAAAAUAAUAAAAAUUUACUUUUCACUGAGAAGUAGUAUGGUAUUACUAUGUUAUCUUCACUUUACUCACUCUUCUUACUUAGAAAAUGGUUUUGCAUUUCCAAUGCAAUUAUGAUGGUUGAUUUUGUAUUAGUUCUUGCUCUUGCAAUAAGACUAUAUACUAAGUACUUGACUUUUUUGCAGAAAGCCUUAGGACAGAUUGUCCUUUAAAUCCACCUCUUGAGCUUAGGGUCUACUUGAUAGUGAAGCUAAUGUACAGAUAUCAAAGCUAAACAAUGCAUUGAUGAAUUGCAACUAUACAGUACAUAUAAAAAAGAACAAACAAAAAAACCAUUCUUAAGGCACCCUUUACCCUAGAAGAAUUAUUACUGUUGUGAGCCACACUAGGCCUCUCUUUAGAGAAAUACAUAUACAGAAAUACUUGCACUAUGUAUACUUUUGCCUGAAGAGGAGCCUAGUGUGACUCAAAACUGUAGCGAUUCCUAUAGAUUACAGGAACCCCUAAGAACAGGUUUUUAUUUAUACAAAGACAAAUUUGAAGGCAAGUGUUCUGUGCCCAUUAGGAAUAUAAAUUGAUUAUGUAAUUUCUUCACGGUCCGUACCACAGGAAGCAAAAAACUCACUCCAUGGUGACUCAAAAGCAGACUUGUAAUGUAAAGGAUAAAAGCAUUUAACUUUUUUCAAGCAAUAUUAAGUACUGUAUAGUAUAUACAAGUCACCUUGGAGAGAUCUGCUGUGUUCAAAAACCCUUUCUACAGGUGUAUGCAUUUUUAUCGAAAUCUCUGUUGCCCCAUCGUUUGUGAAACCGUAACUGACUCGGAGAAUAUGGAGAUUUCAUGCUAGUUAUUUCAAAAUUCUAAAUAAAAGUUGAGAAGCUUUUAGAAAAUCCAUAUACCAUGUAAAUAAGAAAUUAAACUAAUUUAAAAGUAAAGUACUUAAUUAAAUUGAACCAGACAACUUUUGAGCAAACCUAAACCUCUUUACUGUUUGUAUCCUGUUCUAGCAAGAUGAUAGUUGGCUGCAAAAAUAAAAUGCAUAGUACAGACACUGUUGGUGAUGAUACAAAGUAUUGUUUGGGUGAACAUAAUAAUCAUUAUUUAAUGCUGUGUACAUUGGAUGUUAGAAAUUAAUUGGAGGUCAAAAGCAAAAUGAGUAAAUUCUAAUCAAAUACGUCUAUAAAAUAUUAAAUAUGGUCAUAAAUAUUUCCUUUACAUAUUUAAUCUUCAUAAAUUCAAAACAGCAAUUUUAUUUACUGGUUGUAAAGUGUAACCAGUAGAUCUCCAUAGUUUUUGGAUAAUGUAAAUGUGGCCCAGCUGUCCACCCAUCUAAAUUGCCUUAUUAUAAAUCCUUCCCAUUUUAUGUCAUAUGCACACACUACACAAGUCAAUAAAAGCAAAAAUAAAGCCCAAAUUUCCUCAACGUAACAGAACUGUAGUGAGCAAAAUGACUAAGCCAGGAUAGUUGUCCCAUGAAAAGAACAAUAUUACAAUAGAUUACAAAAUGAACAGUCCUAUCAAUAGUUUAAAGUACUAUUUAAAUAAACACUUGCCAAGUAAUAGUCUAUUAUAUUAAGUCAAUAAAACCCAUUAAGAAUAAUGCAUCAAUGUACAUAAUGUACUGUACAGUAAAGUACUACAUCACUCUACCUUGAGAACCCUUCAUACAAUAAUAUUGUAGAGAUGUAUUAUACAUAUAUUUUUUAGCUAUUGUGCAAACAACAUCAAGGGUACACAAAAGCUUUGCAAACAAGCAAAUGUACUAUUAAAAAAUCUGAAAAGAAAUGCCUGUUGAGUCCAUAUAUAGUAUACACAGUAUACUGGACAUACUGUGUGUGUAGAGCGCAAAUUGUUAACUAGUAUUUAAAAGUACAUACCAAAAACUACAUUAUAAAGACUAUUAUAUUGUAAUAUAAAAUAAUGUAUAUUGUACCUCACAUUUUUCAUGCUUUUUCUCCCAUCAAUGUAAUUCAUACUUUACAUCACUGUACAGUAUAUGCAGGUGUUAAAGGUCUUAAACAACGCUAUAAAACUGUAAAUGAUGCUUAAAUACUGAAAAUUCAAUAGCAAAAUAUACCUAUACGUAGUAAUGUAUCCCACAAUAAAUUUAACAAUAAACUUUAGACACCC